UAACAUUACUGGGACACUUUUUCCUUCUUACGCUAAGCGACGUCUGUCAGUUCCCGCAUACAGUUCAGCGAAGGAAAGAGCAUUUAGUUUACGAGACGAGAAUGGUGGCGUAAACUUCUGCAACGGGCUCACGCUCGUGCACGGCACACACACAAAAUGGCAAACUUCAGCAAUGUUCUCGCCAACUCGGCAUAUCUCCUGACAACAGCUUUCAUAGACGACUACGCAUUCGAAGCCAUUUCAUUCUUUGAUUGUGAAAACAACAGCAAAUAUGGAAGUGUUCGGAUUGGAAGACUUCACGCUGCUGGCCAACGACUGGGGCCAAGAUCAGUCGUUUGGCUUCAGCCACUACGAUGACCUUAAAGUAAGCGAGGCCCAAGAUGGCCUGCAAGACUUUCCAGUCAAGGUCGAAACUGCGACCUUCAGCCAUGUCGACACGAUCGAUGACCUGCUGCAUUCAUCGGUCGACCAGUUUGCAGAUGUUUUUUCCUGGGCCGAGUGGAUGGAGAAAGGCGAUCUGCUACAGUAUCUGGAUAUGACAGAGGCUGAUUCUGACCAGAUCCCGAGUGAACGGUCCUCGUCUGCUCAAGAUCAAGCAUCGAGCACUGUAACUCCACCAGACCAAAAAGAAACUGCUUCAAAACCAGUUAAUUGCAAUUUCUUGGAAGGUCUGUUGAAAGCUCAGCUCACUGUGCAGUUGCCAGCUACACCACCAUCAUCACCUGAACCUCAGGUGGCACCAGAGUGGAGUUCACUUUCAUCAGAAUCCUGUAUUGACGAUGCUUCAGCUGGCACAGACUGCACUGUUCCCCUGGACAACGUGGAGUUUAUUGGAUCACCUUUGUCAGCAGAAGACGUGGAAAGUCUGCUAUCAUCAUCAGCACCUUCUCCUUCAUCUAGUGUUGAUGGGUCUUGCUUACACACUAAAAAUAGCACUCAACUAGAGUCCACAGACUUGUAUAAACUUAUUACAAAUGUCACUAAAGGUCAAAAGUCUAGGGGUAGCCCAUACAGCAGGACACAAGCUGAUACAAAGGGUACUAAAUCUAAAGGUCGUAGACAGACUGCCAGUGUUAGUCCAUCUCCAGGAGAGUUAGAAUUGGAGCUUAUGACCAAGAAAGAUAGAAAGAAAUUGCAGAACAAGAAUGCUGCUAUUCGGUAUCGUAUGAAAAAGAAAGAAGAAACAGAGACCAUCAGGAAUGAGGAGAGCGAGUUGGAGGAAGUAAACAAAGAGCUUACUGAAAAAGUGGAACAAUUAACAAGGGAAAUCAAAUACAUGAAAGACUUGAUUAGUGAUGUUCGCAAAGCUAGAGGAUUGCAUAUUUAAAUUGUAAAUAGCUUGGUUGUCAUUUUGUGAUGUGUAAAUAUUAAAUUUACAAAGUCUU